AAUGAAUUCGUAGCAUCGCGCCGGGUAUCCGAGCUCGCCGAUGGCUUUAAGGAAAUGUCGACCCUCCAAAACACGAGAAAAUGGGUUCGGAAGGAACGAUUCGGCCUGCCAGAAUAUUUACUCAGAACGUGCCCCUCGUCCCUUCGGGAAGGGCGGAGGUUGAAGACGAAGUUCCGCUUGGGUUGCCACGAUCUCCGGAGCUCGAGUUGCCGAAUGCAACGUGUCCGUAACGCGCAAUGCCCCUGUUGCGAAUCCCGCGAGUCGGAAACGAUUCAACACGCGUUGUUUGAAUGCAAGGCCUUUGAGGAAGAACGUGAGGUAUUUCUUUCGAGAUUAUACUCGGUUUGCCCCCUCGCACGGCAAUUGACUGAUGAGUGCCGUUGUCGGUUGGUCAUGGGGGACAAUUUACCCCGGGAGAUUGAAAAUCCGUUUUACCGUUAUCUUAUUGCUAUUUCGAAGCUCCGGUUGGGUAUCCUGACUGAGCAGGGAGAAGGCUCUUAG